AGGGUGCGACAGUUGCAGUUAGCUCAUGUCGCUUGUGGCGCAGCAGUCGUGAGAGACCCAGGCUGGGACUGAGCGUGCUUGCUGAGGAGGCCGACCAGCUUUUUUUCUUCUCUCGUCCGCUCACAGGGCGGCGAGCGUCCGUGCCGAGUGGAGUACCCGUUAAACGCACGUGCACAGAUCAUAAUAAUUAAAAAAAAAGCUAUGGUCGAAUUUUCUACAAGAAGCUUGUUCUUCAGGAUUGUUUGUACUUUUAUCUACGGAGUUUGCCCAAGGGAUAUGCGUGUUGUUCAUCUGUAAAAAAAAAAAUUACCUUUGUUCCACCUUUCAUCAUCAGUGCAAACGCUUUUUGUGUGUGGACUGAACAGUCCCAUCAAGUUUGAGUGAAAAACCGGACAAUUUUAUUCUGGGGCUGUUAUCCAUUUUUCUUCUUCUUCUUCUGGCGUUUUGUUUCUCUGCCAACUUUUGAGAGAGAAAGAGAGAGAAGAGGGAAAAGUAAAACUCGACUCGGAUUUAAUCUUCACGGUGAAAGGGGGAUUACAGUUCAGAAAAUCAGUGCACGAAUUGGGCGCAACAAUUUCUGUGUCAGAGGCAACCCAACAAUCGGCGUUAUUUAUUACGCGCGACGGACCGACUCGUCCCGUCUCGCGGAUCACCCGCCAGCCCGUGUUAAAUAUUCAUGAUCAGCUUGUGAAGAGGGAGGCAUCUGCGCAUGUGCGCGCCGAGUACAGUGGCAGAAAGUAAAAUCAUGGCGACACGAGGGGCGCAUGCAAGCGUAUGCGCUCCCGCUAUACUGGGAUUUUUACUUCUACAUUCUGUGGCACUGGUGAAUUCGAGAGAAGUGACCUUGUUGGAUACAACAAACAAGCAAAGACUCGGGUGGACCACGUACAUUGCUCCCUCAGUGGCCGUUCCGGACGAGCCAGAAAAUAAUGGGUGGCUGGAGGGGAGCUUCACCGACCCGACCUACUCGGACCCACAGCGCGUGCUUACCUCGUGCUACCUCAAGACGUCACGCGUGGACAACUGGGUGCGCACGCCUUUCGUGGAACGAGGCGACGCCAAGACCCUGCACAUCGACAUCCGCUUCUCCAUGCGGAAGUGCUCACGCAUCACGGACCCUGCCAACCUGCAGCAGUGCAAGGAGACCUUCAACCUCUAUUACUAUGAGGCCGACAGCGACUUUGCCAACGAGAUGAUGCCCACUUGGGACUCCUCCACCUACACCGUCAUCGACAAGGUAGCCGCCGACUUCCUGUACGAGGACACGAAGGACUUCCGCAUCAACACCGAGUCUCGGUCCGUCACCCUGCGAGGGCUUCGCGGCGUCUACUUCGCCUUCCAGGACGAAGGCUCGUGCGUGACCCUGACCUCUAUCCGCGUCUACUAUAUCACCUGCCCGGACAUCACCUUAAACUUUGCCUUCUUCAAGGAGGUGCCGGCGGGUAGCGACCACGGAGUGGAGGAGUACGAGGGGGUGUGCGUACCCAACUCUGUGGAGAAGACACCACCCACCUACCUGUGCCAGACCAGCGGCCUGUGGUACCGCGACUCUAAGGGCGAGUGCGUAUGCAUGCCCGGUUACCAGGGCAACGCGGACAAGACGGCGUGCACAUCAUGCCCUCAGAACUUCUACAAGUGGUCUGAAGGAACCGGUCCGUGCUGGGAAUGCCCGGACAACAGUUUCUCCAACAGUGAAGGCGCCGCCCAAUGCACGUGCAGAACGGGUUUUUACCGCAGUCCCCAGGACAGCAAAUCCUUACCAUGUACAAGACCUCCCUCAGAACCACGCCAUCUCAUCGUCAACGCAGUCUCCUCCAACUCCGUGACCCUGGACUGGUCACCGCCCCUUGACCUGGGUGGACGAACGGACCUCCAGUAUCGGGUAGUGUGCGCAGAGUGCGGGAACGAUGUUCUCUACAGUCCCGGCUGGUAUGGCUUCAAUACCACCAGCGUGACUUUGACGAACCUCAAGUCCAGCUCGCUGUACCACAUCACUGUGUACGCUGAGAACGGAGUCAGCAACAUCAGCGGCGCCUUCGCCUCGGCAUACGUCACCGUCAACACGGAGGCCUCGGCGAAGGUAAUUGGUGUUCGCCGCGUCAGCGUGGGGCCGAGUCACAUCACCAUCGCCUGGGAGCUGCCACCUAGCCUCGUAGGGGAGGUAACACGCUUCAAGGUGCGCUACUUCCCGCAGCAGAAGGAGGCAUCUGCAGUGACGGUCUACACUGUGUACCGGAACCUGACAGUCACGGAAUUUGAGCUCGAUACCAUCUACUUCUUCAUGGUCAGUGCUCAGACCAGCAAAGGAUGGGGCGAGUUCAGUGACCCUAUCGAGGUAGCGACAGGUCAGCAAGGCCAGUACAAAUUAGAAGAUGAAGUGAGUACACCUAUUGGCAUUGUGGCUGGUUCCAUUGUAGCUGUACUAUUGUGCAUGGCUAUAGCAACAAUAAUGAUCAUCAUUUUACUGAGAAGGAAUCGUCAGAAUUGCAGCGAAAAGAAGGAGUGUGAUCCUCCAUACAGUCAUGUCAUCACAUACCCCCAGUUGGACCAUCAUUUUAACGGUGGAUUGACCAUGCCACUAUUUCCAUCGCCUGGAUCAGUCCACAGCUCUGUGCGCACCUAUAUAGACCCCCAUACCUAUGAAGAUCCCAAUCAGGCUGUCCGAGAGUUCACUCGAGAAAUUGAUGCUUGUCAUAUUAUCAUUGAGACUGUGAUUGGAGGAGGCGAGUUUGGGGAUGUAUGCAAAGGUAAACUACGCAUCCCAGGACGACCAGAAAUGACAGUAGCCAUCAAGACUCUGAAGCCUGGUGCAACAGAGAAGAACCGCCUAGACUUUCUCACAGAAGCUAGCAUCAUGGGACAGUUUGACGAUCCUAAUGUUAUAUUUCUGGAAGGUGUCGUCACCAAGAGCAAUCCAAUCAUGAUUGUGACAGAAUUUAUGGCUAAUGGAUCAUUGGACACAUUUUUGAGAGCUAAUGAUGGAAAGUUUACAGUGAUGCAGCUUGUGGGUAUGAUGCGAGGCAUUGCAUCUGGCAUGAGUUACCUGGCUGAAAUGGGCUAUGUACAUCGGGACUUGGCUGCAAGAAACAUCCUGGUCAAUGAAAUGUUGGUGUGUAAGGUCGCUGAUUUUGGUCUCUCACGUGAGAUAGAAUCCGACACCACAGAUGGUGCCUACACUACCAAGGGCGGGAAGAUUCCAGUUAGAUGGACAUCACCAGAAGCAAUAGCUUAUCGGAAGUUCACCUCAUCAUCAGAUGUCUGGAGUUUUGGAGUAGUUAUGUGGGAAAUCAUGUCCUAUGGGGAACGGCCAUACUGGAACUGGUCAAACCAAGACGUCAUCAAAGCUGUUGAGAAAGGUUAUCGUCUGCCCCCACCAAUGGACUGCCCUGAAGCCCUACAUCAGCUCAUGCUGGACUGCUGGCAAAAGGAGAGAUCGCACCGCCCCAAAAUGCUGCAUGUGGUGAAGACUUUAGACAAGCUGAUUCGUGCCCCUGAGCUGCUGCGAAAGCUGGCUAAACCUAGGCCUCACAAUUUUAUUGAUCCCAACGUGCCAGAUAUGACACAGUUCAACACCAUUGAGGACUGGCUGGCGUCUAUAAAGAUGGAACGCUACAUACCUAGCUUCUUGCAGGCUGGGGUGGUCACCAUGGAACAAGCCUGUCAUCUGACCGUCCGCGAUCUCCUCAACAUAGGCAUCACACUUGUUGGCCACCAGAAGAAGAUCAUGAACAGUAUUCAGACUCUGCGUGCUCAGCUCUCUGGAGCACAGAUGUCGGAAGGGUUUUUAGUAUAGUGUUCACAGCUUGAAGUAGACCUGAAGAGAUGUGAAAGGUAUCGUGGAAAGUCCAACGUUUGGUGGAAGAUUUCUCAGAUAUGAAGCUUGAAUCUGCAGAAGGGAGCCUGUGCCAAAAGAUCAAAAAAAUUUUUAAAAAAAAAGAAAAGGAUUCAGUGUGGCUAGAACAGUGAACUUGUCAAAAUGUUCCCCUUCAGAAGUGUGUGGGAGUUUUUUCCUAAAAAAUAAGGUUUGGAGUUUGAGACAUCUUUUGCUCCAGCCACACGAAGGACUUACAGAUGUAGAGAUCCAGUAUAUUUGUUUAUCAGGGUUUGCCAAGAGAUUUUUGUUUGUUUGUUUAACUGCCCUGAGAAAGUAUCCAGAAGUUGCACUGGAGAUUUUUUAAUUUAGAUUUCUGUUCAACUUUUGCUGUUUUAUACUUGAAGCACUGAAGGAGUAAGUGAUGUUGCAUAUCUGAAAGACAGCUUUAAUUGAUCUUCUUGUAUACUCAUACUAUUAAAAAAAAAAAGAAAUUCUGUACAUAUCGCAGAUAUCUGUAUUAUUUAUAUAUAUUUUGUGUGUUGGUAAAUCUCUAGUAUACAGACAAGAAGGCUUGAUGUUGCAGACGCAGUCAGCAAGUCUUUUAACUUUUUUUCCAUUAUGUUGGUUCAACAGAAAUUUGUUCUUGGUUGCUGUGAAGUCAGCUGUGGCUUGCACAUGACCCUUAGCAAAGCUUUAACAAAAAAACAAAACUCCAACAAAAAGUUUUAUUCUGGCAUAAUGGGGAAAGAAAUUUUGGAGACCCUGCAUAAAGCACAAUUAAAAAAAAACGACUUUUAAUUUUACAUUAACAUGCACGAAGCUCUGUUCCAUCCAGCUGAAACUUCCUAGCUGGUUGACGCACAAAUUUAGAGGUAUGUUGCUCUUGCUGGUAAGCUUUUUGGCUUAAACAUACAAUGACUUCUUCCAGAAUAAGUGGGGGAAAAAAUACACUUGCAAUAAUCGGCAUUUCUGUGGAAAAGUCACUAAUGCACUGUUUAUUUUCUAAGGCAUUGUGUGUUACAAUGUACAGAGUCAGGACCGAGUUUAGUUCUUUAGUAGGUAUGUCGUUUCAGGUUCCAGUUGUCAUUAUGCUUUCCUUUUUUUUCUAUCUUUUGUGCUUUCAGCCGUAUCCAAAGUGGACUGUUUUGUGAAAAAGACAAAAAAAAAAUUACAAAAACAAAAACUGCUAUCAGAAGCCCUCUUAUGAAAGGGACCCAAAGACGUUUCAGCCAGAAAUAGUUUUAUGUUUUACAAGCUAUGCAAGUAAAUAAUGUGUUUGAAUUAGCCAUUUAUAUUGAUGUAUUGUUGAGUUGUGUACUGAAUUUUUUUUCCAGAACUUCCCCCCUCCCCAUCCAUUUUACAUUUUUUUAAAAGUCUUGCAAGUUGAUGGGCACUCAUGUUUAUAUAGCAUGCCAGCAAGACUGAUUACUGUGUACAGGAUGAUGUACAUAUUGCAGCGAACGGCAGUGUGAUUGUCUGUGUAUACAUACAGAAGCAUGCAUUUGUUGAACUGUGAUUAUCAAGAAACUAUGAAUGCAUGGGAGAACACAGGCGUGUAGUGUGAGUGGACCUGAUGGGCUGUUACAGUUUCUUCGCUCAUUAUUUUGUGUGCGAGUGCGAAAUAUGUUCUGGUUACAUACAACCCACAAGCUUAGUGUUGUUGGAACGUGUUGUGUUGACUUUGUACAGCAAAAUAAUUGUGAUUUUGGGGAAUUUUUGUUUUGUUUUUUUUUUUUGCAUAUGUUUUCCCCCCUUCCCACAGAAAUAUUCAUUUAUUUUGGCAGGCAUUUACAGAAUUCGCACAGCUUUGCGAACUGACUGAAUCAUAGUCUCAUUAUUGAGAUUCCGGUUUAAUUUAGUUCCCGUUUCAUUUCAGCAUGAUUAAGUCUGUUUGUUGUCUUCAACAAUGUGUAGUUUACGAUGGAUGCAAACAGUCAUAUUGAAUGAAUGUAAAUACAGGUUGUAUUUUCUCGACAGGAAAGCUAAGUCAUGCAGAAACAGCAUGAGAGAAAUGAUUACUGAUGGAGGAAAAAAGUGAUGGUUAGACAGCAACAACAAAAACAAGACUUUAUGUUUAUGUAAAAAUUUGUCAAACACGUUCAUAUUUGAGUGGAUGAUGGUAUGCGAGGGAAAACAAGUAGGAGAGUGGGUAGGGGAGGUAGAUUUUGUAUGGUGGAAGCUGUGAAUGUCAAUUACGAGAAGAAAAUAAAAUUACUUUCAAAUCAG